AUGGCCGACAACGAAAGUCCAGCGAGUUCGCCUUCCCCCACCGACCCCAGGGACAAGGCCGUCGCCGACACCACAUUGGUCCAGGAGGCCAGCGCCGCCACUCCGGAGAAAGGUGGUUCUGACGCUGACUCUGGCUCCGGCUCUGGUUCUCCCCCCGACGCCGACAAGGACGCGACCAACGACCGAGAGGAGGCAUCCACCCAGAAGAAUGACUCGGUAGAGCCAUCUUCCUCGAGCGCGACUCCUGCACCCGAUCCUGGGACGUGGCAGGCCGUCUGGGCCCCACAGUACAACGCCUACUACUUCUACAACGCCGUCACCCAAGAGACGACCUGGACGAACCCGCUCGAGCCCUCCGCCUCGACGUCCACCUCGACAUCAGCACCUGACACUAACGCGGAAGAUAAAGGCGAGGGCAGCUCGACGCCUGCUUCCACCUCCACCUCCAUGUACGACGCCCUGCAAGCGGCCGCUCUCGCGCAGGGCAUCGACCCCUCGCUCGCCCACCUCGAUCCAUCGCUGCUCGCUGGCCCCGGUGGGUCUUCAGGCGCGUAUGCAUUCCAGGCCAAGUUCAAUGCACGCACGGGCGCGUUCGCCAAGACGCACGCGCGCGACCCGACGCACCUGAGCGAGUACGAGCGCGCGAAGCGUAUGAGCGAGUUCUACUUUGACGUCAACCAGUGGGAGAAGGAUGUAGAGCGGCGGAAGCAGGAGGAGGAGGAGGAGGCCGGGAAGAAAAGGAAGCGGCCUACGAAGAAGGAUCUGGAGAGGUUUAAGGAACAGAAGAGGUUAAAGAAGAUAGCAAAGACAGCUUGGUUGCGCACAUAGAUUGUCAUCCUACAGAUUGUGCUUUACAAUGGAUUGCAAGCAGUACCAUACGGCUCAGGUGUUGUCGCGUUACUAUCCAACCUCGUGAAUUAUCCCCAUAUGUUUUACCUGGACGUCGAGGCGUCGAGGCGAAGGUCGAAGCUCGGGAGAAAGGCCGGAAGGUGCUGAACCAAGGGCGAUGUUACCCUCGACUCCUGUCCACUUCUCCAAGCUAUGGCGAGCACUGGCUUAGGUUUCGGCACGUCCAGCUAUCACGUCAUACCGUCGAUGGAGGCUUCCUGGAGAGCCUGGCUUGUCUCUUGCGAUCAACACACCGUCAUGCCC